UGUUCAACCUCAGGAAAGAAAACACACAUUUUCACUUCCCUUUUUGUUGAAAAUAAAUGAAUCCUCCCGAGUUUCUGUUUCUCACAAUCAGGACGUUCACAAUGGACACGGUCACUUCCCUCCUUGUUAUCUCAACGCUACUGCAGCUUGUAGCACCUGAAGCAGCUCACUCUGAGACCGAACUCAAGCCUACUGUCGAGAUUGUGACAGGGGCUUCAAGGAUCUUCUCUGGGGAGACUGUGCGGCUGAGAUGCGACAUCCAUGAUGAGCACGGCUCUGUUUGGAAUCACCAGUGGUUCAGGGAAAGCGAGAUGCUGCCACAGACUGAGCGCGUAUUGAUUCUGUGGAACAUCAAAAUGAAGGAUGGAGGGAAUUAUUACUGCAAAGGAGUGAGGAAGACAAAGGUGGGAGACAGAUACACGCUGCAAAGUCUACCUGUGGAGAUCAACGUGGAUGGAGGGUGGGCCAUCCUGCAAGCCCCAACUCAUCCAAGCCUCGUUGGGGACACCUUGAGCUUGCUGUGUCGCCUCCGAGAGAAGUUCCCAAUUCAGGAGACAAUUUUGUACAAAGAUGGCGUUGAAGUAAUGAGACAGAUCGGCCCCAAUCUAAAUUUGACCCUGAGCAACGUGAGCCUGGAGGACAAAGGGAUGUAUUCUUGCAGGGCUUCCUGGGACAUACAGAGACGUACGGUCUCUGUAGUUUCUGUUGCCACAUACGUGGAGGUCUUAGAGGUUCUCACGAAACCAGUUUUGGAGAUUACUACUGACCCUAGGCUGAGGGAAAUUAAUAAAAUGAAGCUCACCUGCCAUGUCCAGUACAACGCCCGUGCUCCUGCCCCUCCAAUAAGCUUCUAUUUCUACAAGAAUGGAAUCCGACUGGGAACUGCAACCUCUGAGAACCAUGACCUGGUCAGACUGUCUCCGGGGCAGUUCAGCUGCAGGGCCAAGGUGCUUGCGUCGGGCCUUUCAAAACUGAGCGAGCCAAAAAUCUAUGGGCAAACCACAGGGGCACACAUGGCACAUCCACGGGGGCCUGUAUUGUCAUCCCCUCGUCUCCACCGGGCCUCCGCAAUGCAACCAAGCAUGACCCAACACAUCACAUUAAGUCUUGAUUCUGUUCAGCAUGCUGAGAAGCCUUCACAACCGGUGCAAGGCACACCUUCAGCCACAGUUCACACCAUGACUGUAGCUACUCCGCCAGCAUCAGACCACAUCACCUCACACGAAUCUACUCAUACAGACACAGAUUCAGAUGAUAAUGAUGAGUUCCAGGAUGAGAGCGUCCAAUUCCUAACUCCAGCAGCAGGCAAAGCAACCGAGGACAAUAGUGAUUUGCACUGAUGAAUUAAAUAUACAUUAUAAUGAUGUAUUGUGAUAACCCUGACUGACUUAAGCUUUCUGUUAUCGAUCAUACUGGACAAUAAUUGUGUGACAUUCAUUUUUCAUGCCGUCGUGUACCUAAAGGAAUGCGUUGCCUUGUAAUGCUAUAUUUUUAAAUAAAGUUUGCCAUAAAUGA